CAAAACAACAGCUGAAGAAGUACGUGCACAAUGUGCACUUACAUUAAAACGACAAAAAUGUGGAAAACCUAACCGACAAAACAAGAGACAGAAGCCCUAAAACACCUCAAGAAUAACAAGGAUAUAGUAAUCACAAAGUCAGACAAAGGGAACGCAACAGUAGUAUUAGACAAAUCGGACUAUUUGGACAAGGUAAAUACUCACAUACAAACAGGACCAUAAGGAAAUUAAUAAAUCAAUAGACACAGUUAUGAAUAAAGUUAAGAAAUCCACAGCGGACCUUAUACGCCGAAUGAAGCCGUUUCUAGGUGAGUCUAAGUGGUUUAAUUUAAUGCCAAAAACUAAUAACCCCAGUAGGAUGUAUGGUGUUGUUAAAAUUCAUAAAUCAGGAUACCCUAUUAGGCCUAUAGUUGAUUUUAGAAAUUCACCUACCUAUGAAUUAUCUAAAUAUUUAGCCAUGGUAUUAAAUCCCCUAAAAAUCCACUCGAAAUCUAGACUAACUAAUUCUUAUGAACUAAAACACAGAUUAGAUAAUUUAAAAUUAGAUAAUGAAGAAAAAAUGGUUAGUUUUGACAUUGUCAGUUUAUAUACACGUAUACCAAUAAAUAUGGCUAUAGAGGGUCAGAAACGAACUCAUUUCUGACCAAGAACUCGAACUUAGGACAAAAGUGCCAAUUGAGGACAUAAUGCUGGGAGUGCAGCUUUGCCUGACUUCUACAGUAUUUAAAUUCCAAGGGAAAAUAUACAAACAAACUGAGGGAGUUGCCAUGGGAUCACCAAUAUCCCCGGUGGUAGCAGAUAUAUUCAUGGAUAGGUGGGAAAAGAUAGCGAUUGAAACGUUCACCCCCACCCCAAAAGUAUGGUGGAGGUAUGUAGAUGACACAUUCACUGUACUUAGAACACAAG